AUGGGAAAAAUAGACAGAGUUAAACAAGCAAUUAAUAAUGGAGCUAACGUUAAUCGUACUUUCGACGAACAAACGAUAUUAAUGAUGGCCAUCGAAAGAAGAAAUAUCGAAUUGAUUAAAUUUUUAUUAACAGUACCGAAUAUAAAUAUUAAUAUUCAAAACGAAUCCGGUUUUACAGCACUCAUAAUAGCCGUACAAUAUUUGGCAAUAAACAUAGCCGAAAUUCUUUUGAGUAAAAAUGCUAAUGUUAAUAUAUCUGAUAAUCAAGGUAGAACUUCACUUCAUUAUGCACUUUUUCAAAAAUCAUCACCCAUGGUUAAACUUCUUCUUGAUUAUGAUGCUGACUACGAAUCCCCGGAUAUUUACGGUGAAAGACCCAUUUACACGGCUGUUGUUAAAAAACCCGAUUUGCAAUGUUUGAAAAUCCUUCUUGAAAAAGGAGCUAAAAUAGAUAUUAUUAAUAUCAGCGGUUAUCCACUCAUAUCGAGAGCAAUGUUAAAUUUUACUUAUUUUUCAAUUAUUGAAACCUUAGUCGAAUAUGGAGCAUCUGUCGAUUCGAUGGAUAUUUAUUCUGGAAAAACACCUUUGCACAUUGUCGCAAUGAUAAACGAUUUAAAAAUGGCCAAGUUUUUAUUAGAAAAAGGAGCAAAUCCGAAUUUAAAAUCAUUUUAUAAUUUUACUCCUUAUGAGGAAGCAAUUUUUCAUAAAAGUCUUGAAGUUGCCAAAUGUUUAUUCGAUGUUACAAAAGGUGCUAACUUGAAAGCUCUUAGAAUGUUGGAACAAUAA